AUGGCUAACGACGCAGACCACGCUGACUCUGCUGCGCCUGAUCCUGAUCCCGGCCCGUCAUGCAGCUCUCGCCCCAUCACAGGUAUAGAGUUUCUGCGCAGGGUACAUCGUUCCCACGAGCACGCCGGCGACCAGCAAGAUGGCGGUGGUGACUACUGGGGAGGCGACGAUUGGUAUCGUCAGGAUGGACCGGACGACGACGAGCAUUCCGCUGGGGUCGAGGUGUGGGUUCGCUCACCACGCCAAGAAGAUGAAGACCACGACGGACAGAACGAGGUGUGCGAUGAAUCGCACCACCCAAGCAUCGCUGAACCGGCCGAGACAGCACCAACACAGGUCGUGGAUGCGUCUAUUCCAGACUCGACCGCCUCACAGACGCCGAAGAAGCGGCGCUUCACGCAGUCCGUGCUCGGGAUUGGUCUGCAGCCCGUUAAGCCUACACCGACUCCGCCGCCACCUGCCAAGAAAACAACACCUGUAGUCCGACUCACCGAAGAGGAGAAGAAGGAGAAGUUUGUCUGUAAAGAGCACGGGAAGGACGAUGCUCGCUAUGGCCGCAAUGGGAAAGGAGGACGGGACCUCCAGAUCGGGUCCUUUCGCUGGCACGAGGAGAGCGUGAAGCACGACGAUGCCAUGAAGAAGCAAAUGGGUCUGAUGAAGAACAUCGAGGAGCAGAAACGCAUCGAUGACUUUGCGAAGGGCGAUCCGGAGGGCGCGCGGAUUUCGCGGCUAAUGCGGAGCAUCGUGUUUGUGUGCAAGACGGACACACCGAUUCAGAUGUACCCCAGGCUCGUGCAGUUUCUUGCUGAGGAGGGCGUCGCCGACAUACCGCGACAGUCUUACGACGUGUACAUCACACGGUGA